AUGUGGCCCUUCUUAUCUUAUCCCGAGAGCACAAUAAGCGACAUUUCGGGAAAGACGUACGACUAUAUCGUUGUGGGCGGCGGUACGGCCGGGUGUUUAAUCGCCAACCGUCUAUCUGCCUCGAAUGCUUCCGUGCUAGUCUUAGACAAAGGUUGCGUCAACGCGGGUCUUCUCUCGCGGAUCCCGCUACUUGGCCUGCUGCAGAGCGGAAUUAGCCGCCUACAUGCCGAGCCCAACACGAACUUGCGCGGACGGCAUGUGCAACUCCUUAGUGGCGAUAUGCUAGGUGGAACAAGUCGUAUUCAUUCCAUGGUCUGGAGCCCCGGCGGACGGGCCGAGUUCGACGGCUGGGCGCGCGACCUGGGACUGGACGAAUGGAGCUGGGACAAGGUGCGGCCGGCCCUUGCGCGGGUUGAAGAGGGUAUCCAGCGCAGACAAGCGGGGGAUACGGGGAUCAUGUCUUUUGUAGAUAAGGUAAUGGAGAGAGUGGGAUUGGGCGCGGGCGGUGGGAGAGGGACGCAGCGGUAUGCUCGCAGUGAGCUUUCGAUUGAUGGAAAUGGGGAACGGAGCUCCGCGCUGACAGCGUGGCUGGAUUCUUCGGUCGUGAAAGAGAGAAGGGAGCAAUUGACGGUGUGCACGGGGGUCUUAGCAAGCAAGGUUGAGUUCGCGGAUGGCGGAACGAGGGUCACGGGCGUGUGGAUCAGGCCAGUUGACGGGGGCGCAGACGUUUUAGUCAAGGCCCAACAAGAAGUUAUCGUCUGUAGUGGUGUGUUUGGCACGCCGCAGCUAUUGAUGAUGAGUGGCAUCGGUCCCAAGGAUCACCUUUCCCUACACGACAUCCCUGUAGUACAAGAUCUUCCCGCCGUGGGCUCCAAUUUGAGUACCCACCUCCUCGUGCCGGUGAUGUCAGAGCUUCCAAAGAAGCACACCCUGCACAUUAUCCAAACGGCAGCUAUUCUCUGGCACUUCAUUCUGUGGCUCUUCUGUGGGACUGGCGUUCUCGCUUCGAACGGCCAGUUCGGCGCCGCAUUUCUGCACUCGACUUCGCUUGAUGAUGCACCAAUGACAGUCCGCCCUUCCAAAGAUGAGGAAGCGCCAGAUCUUGAAGUGUUGAUAUGCCCACUCAGCACGCUGAUCGAGCACGGCGUCCCGGGCGUGCCGUGCAUGACGUGGUAUGCGGCGCUUGUACAGCCCUAUACCACGGGCAGCGUUGAGCUCAGAUCCGCCUCUGAUCCGAAUAAGCCUCUGAGAAUUCAGCUCCCCCUUUUGACUGACAACCGUGACAUCAAGCGUCUGCGCAAGAUCGUGCGGUUUGCUAUGCGGUUAGCUUGUGAGUUUGGCAGCCCGGCGACGGGCUAUCCACAUGCGGCGCCGUUGGCGAUGGCACCUGGUAUAGAUUUGGAGUAUCUUGACUCGAUGCUGGAUAAAAGCAAGAGCAAGAAAGAUAAGAAAAAGCUCGUGAAGGCAGAACCACUGCAGAUGGAUGCGUGGAAGACCGUCACAGAUCUCCAGGUCGAUGAGUAUAUAAAGAGACUGGUGACAGCGAGCUAUGAUCCUAUGGGUACGUGUCGGAUGAGCCUGGCGCGGGAAGAGGGCGUGGUGGAUCAGAGCCUGAAAGUGCAUGGGGUACAGAACUUGCGAGUUGCAGAUGCGAGUGUGUUUCCUCGGCCUGGGGGUGCAUCGAUCUCAGCGUCUGUCUAUGUGAUUGCCGAGAGGUGCGCUGAGUUUGUUAUAGAUCAGCGACUAAAGUCGCUUGAUACGUAA